AAAAAAAAUUUCACAAUACGAAAAGUCAGUUGUAACUUCCCUGUCAGAUGGCAGUGGCACAGUUUGUGGUUAGAAAUUAGAGAGAAUACUGUGAGCAGUCUUUUAUUACAGUACAUUUUCCAACAAACUUGUUCGAUCUUGUAGGAUUUUAUUCAGUCAGUGAAUUUUGGUACCUGAAUUUUCACUAAACAUUCAUUCUUCUGGACAUCUCAUUAUAUUCACCAUUCAAUAAUCUUUUUCUAGAAUUUUCUUUUCACCUAUCUAAAAUAAAUAUAUAUAUUCAUUUAUGGCAAAAUCGGAUAUGAGUGAUUCUGAAGACAAUGCAAAAGGUUUGGAAGCUGAAUUGAGUUGUGAAACCUCCAGGCAUGAAAUGAAAAAAAAAUCAUCAGAUAUAUCUUCAGAAAGCUCAAAUGAAUCUCUUUGUGUAGCAAACAAGAACACCAACCUUUCAGCUCAUAUCAGCAUCUUCAUUGCCGCAUUAGUGAAAAAUUUAGUUGCAGCAUACGAAAAUGACGGAGUUCAAGUUGAUCUGAAGUACAAAGUCAUUUGUGAUAAGUUAUAUCAAAUGAAAAUGAUUGACGAAAGUUAUCAGAUGAAAGAGUUAGAUAGUAUUUUGGCUCAGUAUCAGUAUGCUCUAUUUCAUCUUUUAACAUCGAAAGGUACACAAAAGCCUUUGUCUCUUCAUCCUGAAUGGCCAGAUGAGAACCUUGCUACUUCUCAUUAUCAUCGUGAGUUUGAAGAGUUAGAAUACAUAGCUGGAGGUGGUUUUGGACAGGUAUAUAAAGUAAGGCAUAAACUGGAUGGUACAGAAUAUGCAGUGAAGAAAAUUGCAAUUCGUUCAGAAGGUUUAGAAUAUGUGAAGAAUUACCUUUCAGAAGUUAAAACAUUUGCCAGUGUUAAUCAUCCCAAUAUAGUUCAAUACAAAGCAGCAUGGCUUGAUAUGGGACUUAGUCAAAACAGUGAUAUACUCACUGAUUAUGAAGAUGAUGAUCAUUAUCUUUCUACAGAAAUAUCUGAUCACAAAUAUCGUCAAGAAUACCAUUUGAGUCAAGAAUAUUUGUAUAACAAUGAGAUAACAACUUCCUUUUCUAAUAAAUUCAACGAAGAUACUUCAGAUUUCGAAAUUGUGUUUGAACAUAGCAUCAAUAAUAUUGAAUCUCAUUGUAAUAGUUCCAGUUGUCUAAAAAAAAAAUCUAAAAGGACAAAGAGGGAUAGUGUAUCAGAGGGAGGCAAUGCGUUGUGCCCAUUGGAUCAAAAAGAAAUUAAUGAAAUCAAAUUACAACAAAAAAUGCAUGAAAAAUGGGCUACCUUAUACAUACAGAUGGCACUGUGCCAAUUAACCUUAAAACAGUGGUUGUCCCAAAGAAAUAGUUUAGAAAAAGUUAUUGAUCCCAUGAAAGCUCUAGUCCCAGUUAAAAUUGUUCAAGAUUCUACAGUGAAAGAAAUUUUAAAACAAUUGUUGGAAGGUUUACAAUACAUUCACUCUAAGAGAAUAGUGCAUCAUGAUAUUAAGCCAAGUAACAUAUUUCUUCAAACUGACAAUGGAAAACUGCUGGUACAGUUAGGUGACUUUGGACUUGCUUGUCCUUUACAAAGUGUUCGUCAUAGCUUGGCCUUCGGUACGAAGUUAUAUGCUGCACCUGAACAGCUUGCUGGCAAAUGUAACCCAAAGAGCGAUAUGUACUCUUUAGGAAUUGUUCUCUUUGAGCUUGUUGAAACAUUCACUACUGACAUGGAACGAAAUAAGUACAUUGAAGAAUUAAAAAAAACAGGAUACCUUCCUCCUCGAAUAGUGAUGCAACAUCCACAAUUUGCCGAAAUUAUAACAAGGCUAGUGAAUAAAUUGCCCCAAAAUCGUCCUAGUGCUUAUGAGUUACUAGAUGAAAUAUCGGAUAGUAACACCUCUACAGAUUCAGAAAUCCAAGAAUUGAAGAGCCAACUUGCAGAAAAAGAUGAAGAAAUUCAACGAUUGAAACAAUUAUUGAUGACUGCUGGAAUAAAAAGCAAGGAAGAGUUAGAUUAAAUAUUAUUUCAUCAGUACAUUCGUAGUUGAUAAAAAUUGUGAUAAAAUCAGUUUGGAUUGUUUUGGCGAAAAGUUUUGUUCAAUUUCCUUGAUGAAAAGUAACAUUUCUAUUCAAAAACAUAAUAAUUUUUAUGUUCAAAACUAUUCAGUUUCUGAAAAAUGCCUAAACCUUCUUAUAAAAAUAUUAAUAUUACUAUUUGAAAUCAAUGAUCUUACAAAUUUUGUUGACUAUUUUGUUAUGGUUAUUCUUGAAAAUUAUUCUCGUUAUGCAUACAUUAGAGAUUUGAGGUUUUGGAAGUCAAUUGCGUAUAUUCAAUCACUUUGCAAUAAUGAUUGAUGCAUUAAUUUUUCACUUAUUUUUUUGAUUGAACUAAAAUAAACUAUAAAUCAGAGGUUUUUUUCUAAUUGAAAAAUCGGUUUUGAACAUUGGUUUGCUAAAUUAUUCCAAUUUUGAUUCAUAUCAUUGUCAUAAAAGGUUUUUAAAUUGUAACUAUCUCGAAUUUUUCGAAAUUUGAAAUCAAGACAUUUGCUUCAUUUUGAUAUUCAUUUCCUUCAUUUUGCCAUUACAAUUAAGCCUGCCUGUAUUAUUUUUGGGAUGGAAAUGAAUAUCACUAGUCAAAUUUCAAAUAGCAUUUGCCAUGAACAAUAUUUUUUUCGUGAUAUUGAUUUGUAGUUCAUCAGUUCAGUAUUAUAGUCAUUUUGUAGGGUGGUUUGUUACAUUCCAAAUGUUUUCAUGUGGACAUAAUUUGCAAAUCACCAUUUUGUGUUUGGAAGAUAUACCAUGUUCCUUAGCUCAAGUUUUUUAUAUUUAUUUAUAGGGAUAUUAUUGGAAAGUUAUGGUUAUCAUUUGCACCCAUAAUUUUUAUCCGAUGAAAUUGUUUUUCACCAGGUUAAAAUAUAGCUUUGAACGAAUGACCAGCCGUAUUGUUCGUUUACAUUGCCAAAUGUAACAGUAUAUUUUGGGUAUAGACAUUGUGAUUUUUAUUGAAUUAACAGUGUUAUACAAUGCCAUGACUGAGUGUGAUAAUUCAUGUUGAAUUGUGAUAAAUAAAUUGAUAAUUUUUUUAGAA